UCUAUCGAUUUAUAUAUAUAUAUAUAUGACUUAAAACCCUUUAAAAAGUUCUUGUUCUUGCAAAUGGGUUGUUUAUUAUCUACUCUCUAGUGAUGGUGAUGAUUGAGAUUUGAAUAUAAAGUUUCAAUCUUUAUUGAAAAUAAUUUGUGGGUUUUUUGUAAAACAUAAAAAAGAUUAGUACUUUGAGUGAAAUCAUGGAAAAAGAAUUAAGUCAACAUAGUCAAGAUCAAGAUUCUUCCCCUGCUACUGCUAUUUCAACUUUGCCUUUGCAUGAUGGCAAUGGGGCUUUGUCUGAUAACCAAGUACACAAGCCACUACAUCCUAAAGAUGAAAGGAUAGUUUCUUCAAAUCCUUCUGUGAAUGUAGCCCUUGCAGGGUCUGCAAGGCGUGCUAACAACCAAUCAGGAGUCAGGAGUGCAAGUCGAUCUCAGACCCCUGUAAACUCAUCAAAUACUUACACCGCCCCAGAACAAACCUACUACUAUGGAGGUUAUAGUGAUGGCUCGGUUAACUGGGGUGAAAUAUCGAAUUAUGUUAACACCAAUAACUUGCAAAUACUAUCACCGGCGAUUUACAAUGAUAGUUCUUCACUUUUGCUUCAACCUGCAUAUGGGUAUGACCCGCAGAUGACAUAUGAUCAAUUUUCACCACUUGCUAGUCCUUUAUCCCCAGUAAUGAUAGAUGGUCAACUAUAUUCACCACAUCAAGUCCCAGUCUCUCCAUCUUACUACCAGCAGCCUGUUUCUCCAACUGAUCUUUCAACAUCAACCAGCAGCAGCCAAGAUGGUCGUGUUGAGAAUGUGUUUUAUGACCCUGCUUCAGGUUAUUAUCUAUAUUAUCCUGGGAGUAAUGGUUUAGGAUUCUACAACGGGCCUAGUGACUCCGUGUCGAACCAGUCAACACCUGUUGGCUUACUCGGGUCGUAUGAGCAUAAUUUUGGACAGCAGCAGACACCAUAUCAAGGCUACGGGUAUUCAUACACGAGACGCUGGCCACAAAGCGACUCCUAUGGGUUUGAUAAAGAAGUCAAACAUAGGGAUAGUGACUCAAUUAGCUUAACCAGUGACUCACAUGCUACUACCAGUGAUAGGAACCGUGGACCGAGGGCAUCAAAACCAAAGGGAAGUAGUUCAGCCGAUCCAGCAUCGAAUCAUGACCUUUACAACAAACCAGAUUUUAUUACAACAUAUGAAAAAGCCAAAUUCUUUGUAAUAAAAUCUUUCAGUGAAGACAACGUUCAUAGAAGUAUCAAGUAUGGUGUGUGGGCCAGCACCCCACUUGGAAACCGUAAACUAGAUGCUGCUUAUCAAGAAGCACAGGAUGGUGGGGACGCAUGUCGAAUUUUUCUGUUCUUUUCGGUAAAUGCCAGUGGACAGUUCUGUGGAGUUGCUGAAAUGAUCGGGCCAAUAGAUUUUGAAAAUGAUUCAGAUCACUGGCAGCAAGAUAGGUGGUGUGGCCAGUUCCGUGUUCAGUGGCACAUCAUAAAAGAUGUUCCAAAUACUCGGUUCCGCCAUAUACUUCUUGAAAACAAUGAGAAUAAGCCUGUAACUCAUAGCCGAGACUCACAGGAGGUCAAACUUGAUGAAGGUAUUGCGAUGUUGAAAAUUUUUAAGGAACAUGAUGCUGAUACAUCAAUUUUGGAUGAUUUUAAAUUUUAUGAUGAAAGGGAGAAGGCUAUUCAAGCUAAGAGGGACAAAGACCGCUCUUCUUUAACAAAAAACAACGUUGAUGAUUCAGUUAACAAACUUUCGGAUAGAGUUGCUGAUUCCCUCCGGCUGGACAAACACAAGGAGGUAUAAUCAAGUGGUUACUAACGCGGGGUUUCUUUUUUGCAUUCAUGAGAAGGUUUAGUUUUGGUGGUAUCGCUAACUUCUUUUUGACUUUUGUCAACCCUUUUAGUUCUUUGGCCCUUUGUUAGUUAGAGCAGUAGGUUGUGGCGGGGGUCGAGUGGUGAUUAUAGGGUGGUUAUGGUAUGCUGAUUUUAUUGUACUUCAAGUAGUUUGGACCGUUUUAUGACAGGGUGCUUAUUGAGUUGCUACCCAAACAAGUGUACAAUUAUUAUCAUUUAAAGAAAUUAAUCGAAAUGGUAACCCUGGUUUUUCCUUUUCCGUCUA